AUGUGUGUCCUUUAACAAUGACCCGGAAAAGCAAACAGAGCAUGAUCUCGUAUCAAGGAACAGACGAUCUGUGGCCGAUGUGAGCCGUGUGGCAUAUUGUAGAGAGAAGCGGAGAACCUAUGCUGUAGGAUGGGAAAGAAACAGAAGAAAUCCGGAGAGGACAGCACCAAAGAUGACGACAUUGAUGCUCUGGCAGCACAGAUAGAAGGAGCUGGAGCCGUAAAGGAGUCAAAAGGGAAGAAGAAGAAGAAAGGAGUGAAAAAGGAGGACUUUGAUGAGGAUGACAUCCUGAAGGAGCUGGAGGAAUUGUCCCUGGAGACACAUGGUGGGAAGUUCAAGAGAGAUGAUGUGGAAGUGGAAGAUGAGAAUGUGGAGCCUCCCAAAGCAGAGAAGAAGAAGACCAGGAAGGGGAAGAAGCAGGCUGUCAGCCCUGAAGACGAUGAGGACAAUGAAGGACCAGCUGAUGAGCGGAAGAACGGACAACAGGAGCAGGUGGCACCCGCAGCACCAUCUGAGUCUGAUGAAGAGAGCAGCUCACGUUCACUUCUAAAGACCAAAGGGGGUAAAAAAGCUGGCAAGAGACCUUCUGGCUCUGAAGACGAAGGUGAGAGAAGAAAAGAGGGUGGCGGCGUCUCUGAGGAAGAUUUGGAGUUAAUAUCCCGGAGAGACAAGAAGAAAACCACCACCAACAAAGGUAAAGCUACAAAGAGUGAUGAUGAGGAUGAAGAGGACGAAGAUGGAGGCUUCAAGAUCAAGACGGCAGCACAAAAGAAGGCGGAGAAGAAGGAGAGGGAAAGAAAGAAGAAGGAGGAGGAGAGAAUGAAGCAGAAGAAGUUGAAGGAGAAAGAGUCUGGCGCAGAUGCAAAAAAAGAACCAGAGAAAACGGCAGAGCCCACAGCUCCUCUCCAGGUAUCUCCAGCAGCAGCAGCAGCAGCUGUGGACGAACAGGAAGUGACAGAGCCAGGCGCAGAGGACGAGGGUGACAAGAAGAAGAAGGACAAGAAGAAGAAAAAAGGAGAGAAAGAUGAGAAGGAGAAGGAGAAAAAGAAGGGGCCAGGCAAGGCAGCUGUGAAGGCUAUGCAGGAAGCUCUGGCCAAGAUGAAAGAGGAGGAAGAGCGUGCCAAGCGGGAGGAAGAAGAGCGAAUCAGGAGGCUUGAAGAGCUUGAACAACAGAGGCUGGAGCAGGAGCGUCUUGAGCAGGAGCGUAAAGAAAAGAAGAAACAAAAGGAGAAGGAGCGGCGGGAGCGGCUGAAGAAGGAGGGGAAGCCCAUGACGAAAGCCCAGAAGGAGGCACGAGCUCGGGCCGAGGCCACACUGAAGCUGCUGCAAGCUCAAGGUGUGGAGGUGCCAUCCAAAGACUCGGUGCAAAAGAAGAAACCAGUUUAUGCAGACAGGAAGAAGAAGAAGCAAAUCACGCAAACCCCAGAAGUGUCAGAGGUGACCUCGCCAGCAUCAGAGACAGUAGAACCUGCUGCUCCAGAAACAGAAGCAGUGAAAACUGAAGCGGAGCCAGAUGUGAAGCCAGAUGUUGCUGUGGACAGCUGGGAGGCCAUCGCCAGUGAUGAGGAGAAAGAGUUAAAGAAAGUCCUCAUUGAGGUAAAGGAAGAGCCUGUCCAGCUCGCAGCCAGCGAAGAGGAGGAUGAAGAGGAAGAGGAGGAGGACGACGACGAGGAUGAGGAGGAAGAAAGCGAAGAUGCCCAGGAAGAAGAUGAGGAGGAGGAGGAAGAGGAGGAGGGCGAGGAGGAGGACGGGAAGGAGGUUUCAGCAGGUCCGGGGAAGAAGCGGUCAGUGAAGGGCAGUGAAGAUGAGAGCAGUGAGAGUGAUGACGAUUGCAGGACAAAGGAGGAGCGCCUGUACGACAGAGCCAGGAGAAGAAUUGAGAAACGGAGAGCGGAGAACCUGAAGAACAUCAACAUUGACACACUGAGAGCACCAGUCGUAUGUGUGCUUGGACAUGUUGACACCGGAAAGACCAAGAUCCUGGAUAAGUUGCGACACACACAUGUUCAGGACGGUGAGGCGGGAGGAAUCACACAGCAAAUCGGAGCCACCAAUGUGCCCAAAGAGACAAUUGAGGAGCAGACAAAGAUGGUGAAAAAUUUUGACAGAGAGACGAUAAAGAUUCCUGGGAUGUUGAUCAUCGACACACCAGGACACGAGUCUUUUGGUAACCUGAGGAACCGAGGUAGUUCCCUGUGUGACAUCGCCAUCCUGGUGGUGGACAUCAUGCAUGGUUUGGAGCCACAGACGAUUGAAUCCAUCAACCUGCUGAAGGAGAAGAAGUGUCCCUUCGUAGUGGCCCUCAACAAGAUUGACCGACUGUACGACUGGAAAAAGAGUCCUGAGACAGAUGUUGUGGCGACACUGAAGAAACAGAAGAAAAACACCAAAGAUGAGUUUGAUGAGAGGGCAAAAGCCAUCAUUGUGGAGUUCGCACAGCAGGGUCUCAACGCUGCCCUUUUCUAUGAUAAUAAGGACGCUCGCACUUUUGUGUCACUGGUUCCCACAUCGGCUCACAGUGGCGACGGGAUGGGAAAUCUCAUAGCACUUCUUAUUGAGCUCACUCAGACCAUGUUGGCCCGCCGGCUGGCGUGUUGCAACGAGCUCCGGGCUCAAGUCAUGGAGGUCAAAGCUCUGCCUGGCAUGGGCACCACCAUAGAUGUUAUCCUGAUCAACGGAUGCCUACGAGAAGGUGACACAAUCAUCGUCCCCGGAGUGGAAGGACCAAUCAUCACGCAGAUCCGAGGGCUGCUUUUGCCACCACCUCUGAAAGAGCUGCGGGUUAAGAACCAGUACGAGAAGCACAAAGAGGUCUGUACAUCUCAGGGCGUGAAGAUCCUGGGUAAAGACCUGGAAAAGACAUUGGCAGGGCUUCCCCUGCUGGUGGCGUACAAAGAUGAUGAAAUACCUGUACUGAGGGAUGAACUUAUUCUUGAGCUCAAACAGACUCUGAGCUCCAUCAAGUUGGAGGAGAAAGGAGUAUAUGUGCAGGCAUCCACACUGGGGUCACUGGAGGCUCUGCUUGAGUUUCUGCGCACAUCUAAAGUACCUUACGCUGGCAUUAACAUCGGUCCAGUCCACAAGAAAGAUGUGAUGAAGGCGUCCACCAUGCUGGAGCACGACCAACAGUACGCUGUGAUUCUGGCGUUCGAUGUCAAAGUGGAGAGGGAGAGCCAGGAAAUGGCAGACAGCCUUGGCGUGCGCAUCUUCUCAGCUGAAAUCAUCUACCAUCUUUUUGAUGCCUUCACAAAGUACCGUGACGACUACAAGAAAGCCAAGCAGGAAGAGUUCAAACAUGUGGCGGUGUUUCCCGUGAAGCUGCGCAUCCUUCCUCAGUUCAUCUUCAACUCCAGAGACCCCAUAGUAAUGGGUGUGUCCAUAGAUGCCGGCGUCCUGCGGCAAGGAACACCGCUGUGCGUUCCCAGUAAAGGGUUUGUAGACAUUGGUGUGGUCACCAGUAUUGAGGUCAACCACAAGGCGGUGGAUAGCGCCAAAAAAGGUCAGGAGAUCUGCAUCAAGAUUGAACCCAUCCCCGGCGAGUCACCCAAGAUGUAUGGCCGCCAUUUUGAGGCCACCGACAUUUUAGUCAGCAAGAUCACACGGGCGUCCAUCGACGCGCUGAAGAACUGGUUCCGAGACGAGAUGCAGAAGACGGACUGGCAGCUGAUCAUGGAACUCAAGAAGACCUUUGAGAUCAUCUGAGUGACUGGCAGAGGAACAGGAGGCGCCUCGCGAUCCCAUCACGAUACGAAAGAGUCUUUUCCGUGAGAACGCUCUCAGUAUUCCGACGUGCCUGUUACUCUUGUUCUCCGCUCUCAUCCGUGGUCGCCGUUGCUUCCUGUCUGACGCUUAACAAGCCCCUGGAUUUGGAGUCUGCCGGGGUGCAUUAUGGGACGGUACUCACGGAAGCAUCAGCAGCAACCUUCGCCGGUCACAAAGACAACUCUUUGUUGAUACUUUGCUGCGCGCUUUGUCUGCCAUGUUGGCGGGUGGAGGAAAGGGCGGCCAGGACGAGCCUCUGAAAUGUUUGACAGAUGUAAUAAAGUCCCAUCAAACGUCAACAA